AUGCCCAAAUAUGCAAAGUUUCUCAAAGACCUCCUUUCAAACAAAAGGAAGUUAGAGGAGGAAGUGAUCAACUUCCCUCACCAACUUAGUAAGAUCGUUCAGGAUAAUCUACUAAGGAAAGAAAGAGAUUCAGGGCCAUUCAACCUACCAGUGAAGUUGGGUCAUCUCGAACCAAAGGGGGCUCUUGCGGAUCUUGGGGCUUCUUUCAAUUGCAACAUUAAGGUGCUAUAUGGAGAGUUAGAAGACAUUCCGAUACAAGUUUGGCAUUUGGUGGUGCCAUGUGAUUUCGUUGUUAUGGAUAUGGAAGAGGAUCCCUACACGUCUCUCAUACUUGGAAAAGCAACCCUGAAAACCCUUAAUGCUCUCAUUAACUACAAGGAUGACACCAUCACAGUGGAGGUAGCAAAGGAGGUGAUUGAUAGUGAGGCGGCGUCUUUAGUAAGAGGAUUGAUGCUAAAAUCCCCUCGAGGAGGUCUUGUGGGAUAA